AUGCCCAAUACUUUAUCGCUCGAUUUUAAGAGCUCUGCAUUGCUUAUCGCAUUGGUCCUGGUCCCCGUUGUUGUCCUCUUUGGCACUGUUGCCAUAGCUCUUGUCUGCUCCGAGCGCUGCAAUUGCCACUUCGCUAAACCCAAGUGUGUGACCCAUUUCCCCUGCUGCCGCGGACGCUGGCACCGAAAAAAGCGCCUUCGCUCCGACCUAGAGAACGGCUCCGAUAGUCCUGCAACCGAAACCUCAAAUGCACCUCUUCAAUAUGGCCCAGUCUCCACAGCACUGGAGCAGGUCUAG